CUCACAUCCCGGGCGGGCUCCCCGAGAAGUGCGCGUGCGCGAGAGUUCGGGGCCUUGUAGUUGCCACGAUGAACCCCCUGACGAAGGUGAAACUGAUCAAUGAGCUGAACCAACGGGAGGCUGAGCUGGGCAUACAGGAGAAGGUGUCAUGGCAUGCAGAGUACAGUGAUAGCGCCUGGAUCUUCGUGGGAGGUCUCCCCUAUGAGUUGACAGAAGGUGAUAUCAUAUGCGUGUUUUCACAAUAUGGAGAAAUUGUGAACAUUAAUCUGGUGCGAGAUAAAAAGACUGGAAAAUCGAAAGGUUUCUGUUUUAUUUGCUACGAAGAUCAGAGAAGCACCAUACUUGCUGUUGACAACUUUAAUGGGAUCAAGAUAAAAGGAAGGACAAUUCGGGUGGACCAUGUCGCUAACUAUCGCCCUCCAAAGGACUCUGAGGAUAUAGAUGAUGUAACAAAAGUCCUACGUGAGAGAGGCUGUGGGGCUAAAACUCCUCCACCUAGUUCAUCUGACUCUUCCUCAGAAGACAGUGAGGUACCAGUGAAAAAGCAUAAAGAUAAAGAGAAGAGCAAAAGAGAGCAGAAGGAGAAGAGGAGGGGCCUGCAAGGUGUGAAGAGAGCCCUCCCUGAAGGAGAGCCGCCUCCCACAGCCUGGAUUAAAAAGGAAAAAGAAGACUCUGCCUAUGACCAAUAUGCUAACCCAAGGCAGCAGUCCUGGAAUGGGUCUGGGCGAAAGCAUGCAAGCAGGACUUAUCUGGAAGAGGAACCUGAGCAAGAGCAGUGUCGCAAGAGAGCUGUGGAGAGACGAGGGGACAAGGGGCACCAGGAGCAAAAGAGUCUGAGCAGUGCCUGGAAGGAGGAAAAGGCAGAAGACAAGAACAGAAAGGGGGAAGGCCGAAGCAGCAGACAAGAGGAAUGUCUAGGGAGCACUAGAUCAAGAGAGCGAUGGGAGAAAAGCGCCAGGGACCAGCAUGCCAGGGAAAGAGAGCUGUCUAGCUCUCGGGACUCCAGCCGCUAUUGACCUGCCUGUCCUGUGGCUGCAGACUGAGCAGUACUCCAGGCCACUGGUGCUCCCUGUGGAGAAAUACUGUGGAUAGCUAGUAAUUGGAAGGGGGAGGAAAACCCCACCUGUUGAAUCCAUUUCUAAGCUUGCCUCGAAGCCUCUCUCCUACUAAACUCCAAGCAUUUAUGCCUCUGUGAGUGCAGUGAAAUAGCACCGUAUUUUCCUCCAUCAGCUUUAUAUCUCUGCUCCUUGUUCCUGCAGUCCUUCCUCAAGGACCAGAGAGCCAGGCACCCUCCUGCUGUUGUCUUAGCUGGUGGAAAUGGCUGAGGUCUAGGGCGGACACUCAAGUUGCAAUUUACAGUAAAUGCCCUGUGUUGUUAAUAACAGUGAGAUGCCUCCCAGGUAAUGAGCUUUGUCUGGCCACUUCAUUGCUGGCCCCUGUAGUUCUCAGAAAUAACCUGUGUCAUCAGUUCUGUUGGUGAGGGUUCCUUGCCUAGACUGACACAAGUGGUGAAUGUGUCUUCAGUAGUCCAUAUAACCUGGAUUUAUGUCAACUGAGGAAUUCUAAUGUGGCUGUUUGCUACUGCCAUGAAUUUCCAAGUGUUGCAUUGUGGAGUCAGGAUAGUUUAUUGUUUUAAAUGUCAUUUAAUGCUUACCUCCUCCCUCCGGAUCUAUGGCUGUUUUACUAUUCUAGGAAUAAUAAAACUACUUUGAACAAAUGGCCUGCUUCAGGUCAUCCCUGAGAGAGAGAGCGUGUGACCAGUCUGGGGCUGCUUAUCAAUACUUUGUUCUAUAUGUGUGUCUGAUUGCUGUAAGGGGAUUUGCUGUAUGAAUAAAAGGGGUUAAUUUAAGAAGAGGCUGACUACCUCCAAUCCUGUGCUGAGUCUGUCAGAGGGGCAGGGCUGCCCCAGUCUGGGGAACUGAGAAUAAAGAACUUUGGCUGGUUUUACAAAGACUGUCUCUCAAGGAUGGGGGAACAGAUGGUAGGGGUCUGAAGUAGGCCUGCCCAGGACUCUAGGUAAGACAGACAUGCAUGUAGAUGUCUUUUUUUAAAAACUAUGCUAUGCUUUGUUCCUACGGUUAAGAUUAAACAAUACUUUAGAUUUAAAAUUAGAAUGUUUUGGGUCACUGUAUUCUGUGCUGGUCACAAGUUCCCGAAGGGAGGAACUAGAGGUGCCAAGUCAGACCUGCUGGGUAAGCCCAGUUGAUGCAGAGUGUGGUAUACCACACGGCAUGGCCUAGGAUUGGGAGAACUGUCAGAGUCCACCUCCAGGAAGAUAAAGGUCUGUGACUUCAGGAGGGUGCCUUCAGAGAUCAGAGAGGGGUCAGAGGUGCAGCUCGCGCCGUAACUAUGACAGUUUGUACAAAGCGCUGUCCUACUCCUGCUGGAAGAUACUAUUCUAACUUUGUAUGUUUUUAUUUUAAGGGUCUGAAAGCAGUCUAAGCGCUACCUUUAAACCCUUGAGGGAAAAGGCCCAAUACAGCUAAUAUAGCUUAUAUUCCUUGGAGAGCAGGGAGAGAAAUGUAGUCUGCCUCAUGGUAAAACCUGCCAUGGUCCCCAUAGCAUGUUGCUGAGCAGUGUCCUAAUGUCUAGAUGCCAGAAGGGACCAUUAUGGCCAUCCAGUCUGGCCACCUGUAUAACACAGCCCAGAGAAUAUCACCCAGCUGUUCCUGUAUGCUAGGGUCCAAGUAAACGAGUACAGCCACCUUACUUUUCCAAGCUGUGCUAGCACACAAUGCCAUCUAUAGUGGAUUGUGCAUUCUCUGAGCUCCACUCAGUGGGUCCAAAUACACUCAUGGACUCUGCUGCCGUUUGUGGGUUUGGUUUCCCCUCACCCAAGCUUGUACUAUGCUGAGCUUCUUAAGCUUCACUCCCCCUUUGGAGGCAAUAGAUACCCCAUUGGGGUCUGCUAGUGUCAUAAAUAUAGGUGGAAAGGUAGCAACCUUUAUGUAUGCAGUAGCAUAAAAUCCCUCCUUGGCAGCUGUACUGGAUUGCUUUACCUGUAAGGGA